UAUGUUUCAUUUUUCUUUACUUAAUGAGGCUUUUUAUUAAGCUUUUUAUUCACCAUUACACCCUUAGAUGCACAGUGCUAGGAUCGUAUUAGGUGCUCAAUAAAUCACUGACCAUUGGGGAGGAGGAAUGAUAAGAAAGUAUGUAUUUUCUGUAAGUUCUGUUAGUUUUGGGAACAGGUGGUUUUAGGUUGACCAGUUAUAGCUUGGUAUCUUGACCCACAUAAGACAACUUGACAGAACCCCCUUUCUGGCCAUUAUGUUCAACAUAUUUUACUCUUAAUCAUUCUUGAAAAUCAUGGAAUUAGUGUGGAAAAUUGAUUUUACCUGCAGUAUAGCAAAAAAGGCCAGUCUAGAUAGGUAAGCAGAUAUGUUUCUCCAUGAGCUGAUGUCUUAAAACAUCUAGAUUUAGGAAUUUAGUUUUGUGUUUUCUAAACAUACAUCGUACAGCAUACAGAUAACAUCGUAAUAGAAUAAAGGAAUCUUUUGAUUUAGCACCAAAUUCCCUAAAGCAAUGACUACUGCACAGCUCUCUUGGACAUAUAAAUAGCCUAAAUUAUAUUUCACUCUUUUAAAGAAAUAAUGAAAGCACUUAAGGUUAAGCAAAGCCCAUGGGAAAAGUUUGCUGCGGUGUUUCUCUUUGGUUUCUUGUGCUCUUUCUAGAGAAUGACUUUAAGAAGUCAGGGCGGUCAGGUGGUCAGCGUAGUCACGCAGUCAUGAGCAGAUGGUUAAGCAAUGUGCUAGGGCUCCAUCGGCCAGUGAGCCCAGCUGAAGAGGAGAGUCUAGCCAGUGAGCCUGACUGAGGAGCAGAGGCUAGCCAGUGAGCCUGACUGAAGAGCAGAGGCUAGCCAGUGAGCCAGUCUGAAGAGCAGAGGCUAGCCAGUGAGCCAGGCUGAAGAGCAGAGGCUAGCCAGUGAGCCUGACUGAAGAGCAGAGGCUAGCCAGUGAGCCUGAAUGAAGAGCAGAGGCUAGCCAGUGAGCCUGACUGAAGAGCAGAGGCUAACCAGUGAGCCUGACUGAAGAGCAGAGGCUAGCCAGUGAGCCAGGCUGAAGAGCAGAGGCUAGCCAGUGAGCCUGACUGAAGAGCAGAGGCUAGCCAGUGAGCCUGAAUGAAGAGCGGAGGCUAGCCAGUGAGUCUGACUGAAGAGCACAGGCUAGCCAGUGAGCCUGACUGAAGGCUGAAGAGCAGUGAUUUUAACCUUUAUUUCUAAGUUCUUCAGUUUUCCUAAAAGACAAAAGUUUCCCUCCAUAAAGUUUGACUAAAGAGGUUCUCCUUGCUCUCUUCUUCUUAUCUCCUUUCCUCUUGCUCUUAUGACACAAUAAUUUCCUUACUCUCAAGGCCUUCCUCUCAACGCUGUGCCUUUACUUCUAAGUUCUUCUUGAGUUCUGUUCUCUUCAGUUCAGUUCUGUCUAAAAAGCUUCUCUCUCUUUGUACUCAGUAUUUGUAUAUCUUUCUGAACACAGCAUCACAUGGUGAAAUGUUCACCACAAGUUUGCACAGGAAUUCAAAUCAUAAGUUGGAUAAUCAGUUUACGACAGAGAAUGUUUACAUGCAUAUCCAUGAAGAGUAAUCCUCAGGAUAAACAGUCACCAUCUGUCACCAGCUCUGCACAUUCAUGGAGAGUUAAAAGCUGUAAUUUUUAUGAGAAAAAAAUAAGUGAAAUUACCUAUAGGCAAAUCCAGUCAGUUAUUUAUGUUCAGUCCAUGCACCUAUAGUAAAUGAUUUGUUCUCCUUUUAUGAACUUUGGUUAAUUGGUUUAUACCCUCUUAGGAUGGGCUCUAAUUUGUAGAUGCCUCCUUGGUAUUGGAGAAGCAAUUCACUCAUGACACUUUAAGAAUAGAAGAGAUCUCAAUGCAAUUUUGAUCACCAGAGAAAACAUAAUAGCAGUCCUAUUAUAAAAGCUUAAAAUUACUAAUCUAAUUUAGGAAUUCUUAUAGAACCAUCAUUAGGAAUUAAGAAAUCAACUAUUUGUCUAUACAUCAUCACGCCAAGACAAUACAUCUUUGUUGCUCUGUGGUGAUCUGCUCAAAAGAGUGGGGUAAAGAGCAUGACAAAUACAGAGGCAGAUGCUUGCAGUCAACCAUUUAGCUGAAAACAGGGUCCCAAAUGGAGAGUUAAGAGAAAGGAUUGAGGGAGCUGAAGGGGUUUACAGCCACAUAAGAACAACAGUAAGAAACACCCAGAGCUCCCAGGGCCUAAACCACCAUCCAAAGAGUACACAUGGACAGACCCAUGGCUACAGCUGCAUAUGUAGAAGAGAAUGGCCUUCUUGGGCACAAAUGGGAGGAGAAGCCCUUGGUCUUGUCAAGGCUUUAUGCCCCAGUAUAGAGGAAACCAGAACAGGGAGGCAGGUCGGCCUGGGAGUUUGGGUGGGUGGUAACACCCUCACAGUAGAAGGGGGAGGCGUGUUAUAAGGGGUUUAGUGGAUGGGAAACCAGGAAAAGGGAUAACAUUUGAAAUGUAACAAAAGCCCUCUCUGGGGAUGGACAGCGGCUAAGGAUGCUCUGAGCACCUCCUUCCCUGCUGCCUCCCUUUGAUCACGACUGUGGUGUAUGGUGUCAGCCUGGGACUCCCCAUGGGAUGCUGCUGGCACUGGUCCUGGUGUUCAGGGCCAAGAGCAUGAUGAGCAAGGAGCACAUGGUUUGUCCCGAUUCAGAGCUGGGUGAGUGGCCACCAGAGGAUUAGGACAGCUUCCUGUACAAUCAUGAGGACUUCCUGGGCAAGGAGGACUCCAAGACCUUUGAUAGUAAGCCUGGACGAGAGCAGGAGAGGCUGGGGAAAAUUGUUGAUCCAAUUGACAGUGAUGGAGGUGGCCUUGUUACUACUGAAGACCUGAAAGUUUGGAUCAAACAGGUACAGAAAAGAUACAUCAACCAUAAUGUGGCUAAACUCUGGAAGGAUUGGGAUACAUAUACGAAAAGAUCUCCUGGGAAGAAUACAAUCAGGCCAACUAUGGCUACUACCUGGUUAACCUUGCUGAAUUCCAAGAUAGCUCUGAUCAUCACAACUUUAAAAAGUUGCCUCCAUGAGAUGAGAGGAGGUUUAAGGCCUUGACGGUGACCUGACAGCUACUCAGGACGGGUUCAUUGCUUUUCUACACUAAGAGGAUUUAGAACAUAUGAAGGAGAUUGUAGUUCUGGAAACCCUGGAGGAUAUCGACAAGAACGGGGAUGGUUUUGUGGACCAGGAUGAGUACAUUGUGAACAUCUUUUUCUCACGAGGACAAUUGCCCUGAGACAGACUUGGUUUUGUCUGGGGAGCAGUUCAAUGAUUUCCCAGAUCUGAACAAGGAUGGGAAGCUGGACUAGGAUGAGAUUCGCCACUGGAUCCUCCCUCAGGACUAUGACCAUGCACAGGGUGAGUUCUGGCAUCUGGUGUAUGAGUCAGAUAAAAAAAGAUUCUUACCAAGGAGUAGAUUUUAGACAACUGGACCAUGUUUGUGGGAAGCCAUGCCACCAAUUACAGGGAAGAUCUUACCAAAAAUCAUGAUGAUAUUUGAAAGACACUCAUCCUCAUAUGGCCAACGGUCACAGGCUUUCUACAGAUGUUCUGCGUGAUUGCUAUAUUUGUCAAGUAUAUAGCAGUUGUGUCCCUAAACAAUGAGAAACCUUUCUAAAGCUCAAAAAAAUCAUACUUUGCACCACAAACAAUAAUAGUAGGAGAUUUAAACACCCUACUUUCAUCAAUGGACAGAUCAGGGAAACAGAAAUUAAACAGAGACAUAGAAAGACUAACAGAAGUUAUGAACCAAAUGUAUUUAACAUAUAUUUAUAGAACACUCCACCCUAAAACCAAAGGAUAUACCUUCUUCUCAGCAUCCCACAGUACCUUUUCCAAAAUUGACCAUAUAAUCGGUCACAAAACAGGCCUCAACAGAUACAGGAAGAUAGAAAGAAUCCCAUGUAUCCUAUCAAAAAACCACGGACUAAGGCUACUGAUCAAUAACAACAAAUAGGACAGAAAGCCCACAUAUACAUGGAAGUUGAAGUCAAUGACAACUUGGUUGGUCAUUGGAGACAUAAGAAAAAAAUUAAAGAUUUCUUAGAAGUAAAUGAAAAUGAAGAUACAACAUACUGAAACUUAUGGGACACAAUAAAAGCAGCGCUAAGAGGAAAAAUCAUAGCUCUGAGUGCCUGCAAAAAGAAACAAGAGAGAGCAUAUUUCAGCAGCUUCACAGCACACCUAAAAGCUCUAGAAAAAAUUAAAUAAACCCUAGAGAAGUAGAAAGCAGGAAAUAAUCAAACUCAGGGCUGAAAUCAAACAAGAAGAAACAUAACCGAGUAUCAAAAGAAUCAGCAAACCCAGGAGCUGGUUCUUUGAGAAAAUCAACAAGAUAAAUAAACGCUUAGCCAUACUAACCAGAGGGUACAGAGAGUGUAUCCAAAUUAAUAAAAUCAGAAAUAAAAGGGAGACAUAACAGCAAAAUCUGAAGAAAUUAAAAAGAUCAUCAAAUCCUACUACAAAAACGUAUAUUCAACAAAACUGGAAAAUGUAGAGGAAAUGGACAAUUUUCUAUACAGAUACCAGGUACCACAGUUAAAUCAGGAAUAAAUAUACCUUCGAAACAAACCCGUAACUCAUAAAGACAUAGAAACUGCUAUUAAACAUCUCCCAUCACACCAGUCAGGAUGGCUAAGAUCAAAAACUCAGGUGACAACAGAUGCUGGUGAGGAUGUGGAGAAAGAGGAACACUCCUCCAUUGUUGCUGGGAUGGCAAACUGGUACAAGCACUCUGGAAAUCAGUCGGAAGGUUCCUCAGAAAAUUGGACAUUGCACUACCUGAGCACACAGCUAUACCUGUCCUGGGCAUAUACCCAAAAGAUACUCCAACAUAAAACAAACACAUAUGAUCCACUGAGUUUAUAGCAGCCUUAUUCAUAAUAGCCAGAACCUGAAGUGAACCCAGAUGCCCUUCAACAGAGGAAUGGAUUCGAAAAAUGUGGUACAUCUACACAAUGGAGUACCACUCAGCUAUCAAAAACAAUGACUACGUUCAAUUCAUAGGCAAAUGGAAAAAACUAGAAAAUAUCAUCCACAGUGAGGUAAUCCAAUCACAGAAAAACACACUUGGUAUGCUCUUGGUAGCGAUGGCCUUGAAGCCCUCCAUUAUUGAUGUUAUUAUUAUGGUUACCAUUAAGUAUGACUGGGUUCAUGGAAAAUCCCCAGCCAGCUGCAGAAGACUAAUACAAAUGUGGUGGUCAAGAUGAAUAAUCAUAUGAUAACGUGUGACGUUAAGAUACCCAAUGUCAUGACCUGUAACCUUUCUGAAAAACCAACAUCCUGCUGACUAAUAGAUAUGACAAACCUGUGAACUUUCUGACAACCUGUCAACAUCAGCCGAUUCCCUGACCACAUGAAUAUUGUGUCCUUGGCGUGGGUAAUUGUUUUUUACUUCUCUCCUCUCUCUGUUACCCUUUUUAUGGUACAAAUUCAGCCUUGGGGAAAAAUAAAAUUGUCGCCUUGAUCAGACUCUUGUCUUGGAGUCCUUCGUCACGUCUCUUGUCCCCCAUUCUCUUCCAGAUUCUCAGCACCCCUCAUUGACAGUAUGUACUCAUUGAUAAGUGGAUAUUGACCAAUACCUCAAAUUACCCAAGAUGCAAUCUACAGAUCUCAGGAAACUCAAGAAAAGGAUGACCAAAGUGCAGAUGUUCCCACACCUUCUUAAAAUGGGGAACAAAAGUAUCCAUAGGAGGGGAUAUGGAGGCCAAAUCUAAAGCAGAGCCUGAAGGAACAGCCAUUCAGAGCCUGCCCCACAUGUGGCCCAUGUAUAUACAGCCACCAAAACUAGGUUUUGGUAGGAAGGCAUCAUCCCAAAGUGUCAUAAGUCAGCAAGUGGAGUGUCUAAAGGAACUGGAGGAACUCAAAUUUGAAAUCCAGAAGUGUCAAUUCGAGAGGGAUGAACUUUACCAAAUCCUGGACCUUUAUAUCUAUGAUGAUUGGGACCACAGGCUGGAUGUCGAAUUGCCAGUCCUUCAAUCGGAACAUGAGAUGAGAAUGAUGGCUAUGCAAAUGAUGACCAACUCAAUAAGUGAUGCCAUGGAGAGGUACAAGGAGCUCAUACAAGUGAACAGUUCCUACCGAAUCAGGCAAUCCCAGCUCCUACAUGAACAAGCUCAAUUGAAGAACAAUAUACAGAUUUUGCUGAAUGAGAAGAGAAAACUGCUGGUGGAGCAGACUGAACUCCCAGCAUCUUCUGUGGAGGCAAAGAGGUUGUGUGAAGAGGCCGGAAUGAACAUCUGUGACCCCAGAGCCAAGCCACAGCAGGUCUGAAAUUCUCCAGCAGAAACUCGAACAUGACACAGACCAGGACAAGAUCUCCCUUGGAGAGAAGAGCUACAGGAGGAGAACUAAGUGUGCACAGCAAAUACACCACUAUUGCAUCUCAUCUGUAAUGUCCAUAGCAAUUGUGGGCUGCAUUUUCCUCCUUUAGUUUGAUUUCUUUGGAUUGAAUAUGUUGUAUUUUAACCUCGCCUCUCUCCAGCAAGUGUAAAUUUUUGGAGGGACCCAGAGAAGUGCUGAUGCACAUCAAUCAAAAGCUGCUGGUCAUCCAGAAAGACUGUGCACGUAGAAAUUUGUACUUGUCCUGAUGGGUAUCCAGAAGAGUUUCAUGGAGAUCAGUUCACAACAUUGGAAAGACUUUGAGACAAAGUCUGUAAUACCAUUUAUACUCAAUAUUGGAUGGCUUUUUCCUUAAUACCCCCACUCCAACAAAAGAGACCUACUUCCACUCCUCUUGAAAAGAUUAUUACCAUCAGUAACUGCUUGUCUACUAUGUCUCCGAGGCAAGCCACAGGCUAUAAGUCUAUUCUGCAAAAGGAGCAGCAAAAGAAUGCUUAGAGCAAUUCCUCUAUUUAAAGUUUGGUUGAGUUUUGAUUAUUUUGGUUUUUUGGUUUUCCUUCUAUUCAUUUGAAGAUUUGUUAUUAAUCUGUUGUUGUUUUGUUCAUUUGCUUUUCUAUUUUGAUAAGGAUAUAGACUGUAUAUAUUGACUACCUGCAUCUGGUUACUAUCAAGUAAAUUGGAUGUAUUCUGGUGAAUAAAGGAGUAAUUUCAAACUCUUCA